GAAAGAGAUCAGACUCACCAGUACCCAGCUGUGUGUCCAUGAAGAGUGACCGGUCAAUGGAUCGUCCAAUUUUCUUCAGAGGCAGAGACCGUUCUACUGAUGUGAGAUUGAUGGAGGGAAAGAGAUCAGACUCACCAGUACCCAGCUGUGUAUCCAUGAAGAGUGACCAGUCAAUGGAUCGUCCAAUUUUCUUCAGAGGCAGAGACCGUUCUACUGAUGUGAGACCACAAAAAUCAAACAUCAGCAGAAAUCAGCUGGACUCUAUAUUCAAGGAGCUGGAACGCAAAGUCAUCACUCUGAUAAAGAAAGAGCUGAAGAGGUUUAGGAGGCUCCUGAGUCCAGAUUACCCAGCAUGCACUGAGAGGGAGGUGGAGGAUGAGGAGGAUCUGCACAGUGUCACAGAUGGAGCGCUGAAGAUCACACUGCACGUCCUGAAGAACAUGAACCACACAGAUCUCGCUAACACACUGCACAACAAACUCACUUCUGUGUAUCAGCUAAAGUUGAAGUCUAAUCUGAUAAAGAAGUUUAAAAGAAUUAAUGAAGGAAUCUCACAGCAUGGAAGCUCAGCACUUCUGAAUGAGAUCUACACAGAGCUCUACAUCACAGAGAGUUGGAGUGGAGAUGUCAAUAAUGAACAUGAGGUGAGACAGAUUGAGGCAGCGUCCAGGAGACCAGCAACACAGGAGAAAGCCAUCAAAUGUAAUGAUCUCUUUAAAGACAAGUCCAUCAGAACUGUGCUGACUAAAGGAGUUGCUGGAAUUGGAAAAACAGUCUCUGUGCAGAAGUUCAUUUUGGACUGGGCUGAAGGAAAAGCAAAUCAGGACGUCACCUUCAUGUUUCCACUUCCCUUUAGAGAGCUGAAUCUGGUGAAGCAGAAAAAUCUCAGUCUGAUGGAACUUCUUCAUCACUUUUUCCCAGAAAUAAGAAAACAAUCAAUAGAAUCAAUAGACUGUGACUCCUACAAAGUGGUGUUGAUCUUUGAUGGUCUGGAUGAGUGUCGACUUCCUCUAAAUUUCCAGAAGAAUGAGAUAUUGUGUGAUGUGACAGAGUCAGCCUCAGUGGAUGUGCUGCUGACGAACCUCAUCAAGGGGAAUCUGCUUCCCUCUGCUCUCCUCUGGAUAACCACAAGACCAGGAGCAGCCAAUCAGAUCCCUCCUGGGUGUGUAGACCAGGUAACAGAGGUACGAGGCUUCAGUGAUCCUCAGAAAGUGGAGUACUUCAGGAAGAGGAUCAGUGACCAGAGCCUGGCCAAUAACAUCAUCACACACCUGAAGUCUUCAAGAAGCCUCUACAUCAUGUGCCACAUCCCAGUCUUCUGCUGGAUCUCAGCCACUGUUCUAGAGAGAAUGUUGGGUGAAGCAGAGGGUGGAGAGAUCCCCAAGACUAUGACUCAAAUGUUCACACACUUCCUGAUCUUUCAGAUCAAACAGAAGGACCAAAAGUACCAUCAGAAAUGUGACCCUGAUCCUCAGCAGACCAUAAAGAGUAUCAUGGCACUGGGAAAACUAGCUUUCCAGCAGCUGAAGAAAGGAAACCUGAUCUUCUAUGAGGAAGACCUGCGAGAGUGUGGCAUUGAUGUCAGAGAAGUGUCAGUGUACUCAGGAGUGUGUACGCAGAUCUUCAAAGAGGAGUUUGGGCUUCACCUGGGGAAGGUGUUCAGCUUCGUACAUUUGAGUGUUCAGGAGUUUCUGGCUGCUUUAUAUGUAUUUUUCUAUUUUAUUUUUAAAAAGACAAAUGUGCUUGUGGGGAAAAGAACUAGACUUUUUAAUUUAUUCAGAAAUCAAAACAUGUCUGAUCUACUCAGGAGUUCAGUGGACAAGGCCUUACAGACUGAUAAUGGACACCUGGACCUGUUCCUUCGCUUCCUUCUGGGUCUCUCAUUGGAGACCAAUCAAACACUUUUACGAGACUUAAUGCCACAGACAGGAAGCAAAUCUCACAGCAUACAGGAAACAGUGGAGUACAUCAAGGAGAAGAUCAGGAAGAAUCCAUCUCCAGAGAAAUCCAUCAAUCUGUUCCACUGUCUGAAUGAACUGCAUGAAGAUUCUCUAGUGCAGGAAGUACAAAUUUACCUGAACAGAGAUUAUUCCAGUUGUCUCAGUGGAACCAGACUCUCUCCUGCUCAGUGGUCAGCUCUGGUGUUUGUGUUACUGACCUCAGAACAGGAGCAGGAUGAGUUUAAGUUGAGUAAAUAUGAUCCAUCAGAUGAAUGUCUUCUGAGGCUGCUGCCAGUGGUCAAAGCCUCCAGAGAAGCUGAUCUGUGUGAGUGUAAACUGACAGAGGAAAGCUGUAGAGUUCUGUCCUCAGUUAUCAGCUCAAACUCCUCCAGUCUGAGAGAACUGGACCUGAGUGAGAAUAAACUGCAGGAUUCAGGAGUGAAGCUGCUCUCUGAUGGACUGAAGAAUCCACACUGUACACUGGAGAUACUGAGGCUGUGUGAGUGUAAUCUGACAGAGGAAAGCUGUAGAGUUCUGUCCUCAGUUCUCAGCUCAAACUCCUCCAGUCUGAGAGAACUGGACCUGAGUCAUAAUUUACUGCAGGAUUCAGGAGUGAAGCUGCUCUCUGAUGGACUGAAGGAUCCAAACUGUACACUGGAGAUACUGAGGAUGUGGGACUGCAGUAUUACAGAUGAAGGUUGUGCUGCUCUGGCUUCAGCUCUGAGGUCAAACUCCUCAUCACACCUGAGAGAACUGAAUCUGUACAAUAAUAAUCCAGGAGAAUCAGGAGUGAAGCUGCUCUCUGAUCUACUGAAGGAUCCACACUGUAAACUGGAGACACUACGGUGAGUUACUGACUUACUGUCUCUUUACUGUAUGAUAUUGAGUAAUAUUCACUGUGUGCUGUAAAAUGUCACAUCUAAUGUGUGUAUUUAUGCUUCUGUUGUUCAUAAGCAAUGUGUUUAAAUUUGUCUGUAAUUCUGUCCUGUUGUGUUUUUCAGCAUUAAUACACUCACCAGGUCUAUUGUAUGACAGGAGUCUCUCCUCAGACCUUUUUUCCAGGAUAAAGCAGUUAUGGAGGUGAAGCGUUAGAACACGUCCCACAUUUCCAGCAGUUUGGGAGCUGAAUCAUUCAUAUUCAGAUGUAGAAGAUCCAUAACAAUAACUGUGACUGAUCACAUCCUUUUAUCCUCUCAGCUACAACUUCACACUUUAACAUCUUUUACAAUCCAAAGUCAAAUCCUUCAGCAUCUACACACAACACAGAGAUAUCAUCACAU